AGGGGAACAAGCGGCAUAGAUAUUGAUCUUGAAAAGGUGGACAUUAACCAAUGCCCUGUGCCUUAUGGUUCCAAUGAAGACAACGUCUUUGCAGGAUCGGCAAGGUGUAAAGAAGAAACGACAAAGUGUAUCGUUAUUUCUGGUCUUGGAUUUCGAAGAGGGUCAUAUAAAUGUGUUUGUAAACCUGGUUAUUACUUUCCUGAUUCAUCGUCAUCACAAAAAUUCUUCAAGGGUACAGAGAUAGAAGCACAAUAUGCCUUGAAACGUAAAGGGUUACCAAACAAGUAUGACAUUUCCUUCAAUUGCCUUGCAUGUGCUGCGGGUUGUGAUGUGUGCGAAGAUAAUAGCCCAUGUGUGCUCAGAUUAAAUUGGAUCCAACGAAGUAUUCUAUUAGCUAUAUCCGGACUCAUGAUGAUUUCAAUUGCUGUCUUGAUGUGGUUUUCGGUGCAAUAUAGAGAGGUCAAGGUAAGUUUUUUUUCAGAAUUCCAAUUUUGCAUCUGCAAAAAAGUGAUGAUAAUUACAGGAAGUCAGGGCCUAUGGUAA